UGUGGAAGCGGGGAGCUCGGCUGCGGCUGGGGAGGAACCGGCGGUCACCUCCCCCCCGGGGGGCCCCUUCCCUCCUGGCUCCAUCGCUAAUUUGGUUGCACUUAAAAGUGUUUUGUCCCCUUUUCGCCCCUUCCCUGCUUUCCCCGGGGGUGGCUGCGGUGUCGCUUGUUUUCCUCCCCUGCCCCGACUGACACCUGUGGAAGCGGCGUGAGGCGGGGGGAGCCCGGGCGAGGCUGGCACCUCCUCAUUGACCUUCCCUUCUUGGAAAGGGAAUGGGGGGUUUUGGGUCCUGGGCAGAGAGAAUUACUUCCUCCUGCUUGUUCCCGUUUUAAGGUGGGUCGGUAAAGCUGUAGUAGGUUUUGCGUUGUCUGACACCGGCUGACACCUGGACCAGUGGUGGUGACACAUCAUGUGCCAGGCGGAAGCCAAGUGGUUGAAGGAUGCCCCUGGGAGAUCUUGAUAGGCACCGAAGGCCUCAAACUUUUGUAGGCGUGAAAAGCGAAGACAUUAGAAUUGAUUCUGAAAACUCCUUCAAAGAAACUUGGUUCCAGCUUCCAAACGGCUGAAAAAAAACCCCAUCUGUGCUCGUACCUGGACGGUGAGGACAGCAGGGCAGAAAGGCUUCGCCUGCCGUCCAGUUUGGAGUUGGUGACUAUGAUCUACUAGGAAUGGAAAGUCACGAAAGAGACUCAGCAGUUGUCUGUUUUUAUGUGGUGGCCUAAAGUCCCAGAGGAUGACCUAGCACUUAAGAACCAAACUGGGCCAAGUUAAAGGCCAAGUUGACUGGAAAGAACCCUAGCAGUGGGACCAGGUCAGAAGCGAAGCAAGUCCCAAACUGAGUAUAUCUGGUCAAAGUAUAUAUUCUUUUAAAAAGACUUUGUGUUACUGGAGCCAGGCCUGGAUCUUUUAGUAUCAAAUUGAGCUGGAAGCAGCUCAUAGGUUUUCUUGUUUUUGUUUUUUUUAUUCAUGUUUGUACAAUCUUCUGGAUAUUUUUUUUCAAGAAGGAGUAAAAGGGAGUGUUGGAAACUAACAAACAGGAUUAAAACCCUGAGUGCUUAAGGAAAACAGGUUAAGGAACUUAAUCCAGGAUGGAUAUGCAGGAGCCACAGCAGCUGGGUAUGUUUGCAGAGAGCGAGCUGAUGUCUGUGGGGAUGGACACUUUUAUCCAUCGCAUUGACUCUACAGAGGUCAUCUACCAGCCACGGCGGAAAAGGGCCAAGCUCAUUGGCAAAUACCUGAUGGGAGACUUACUUGGUGAAGGAUCUUAUGGCAAAGUCAAGGAGAUGCUGGACUCUGAAACCCUCUGUAGGAGAGCUGUGAAAAUACUGAAGAAGAAGAAGCUACGCAGAAUUCCCAAUGGGGAGGCAAAUGUGAAAAAGGAAAUACAGCUCCUGCGACGAUUACGGCACAAAAAUGUUAUCCAGUUGGUAGAUGUAUUGUACAAUGAAGAGAAGCAGAAAAUGUAUAUGGUGAUGGAGUACUGUGUGUGUGGGAUGCAGGAAAUGCUGGACAGUGUCCCAGAAAAGAGGUUUCCAGUUUUUCAGGCUCACGGGUACUUUUGUCAGCUUAUAGACGGCUUAGAAUACUUGCACAGCCAAGGGAUUGUCCACAAGGAUAUAAAACCGGGGAACCUCCUGCUAACAACCAAUGGGACACUAAAAAUAUCUGAUUUAGGCGUAGCAGAGGCAUUGCAUCCGUUUGCGGAGGAUGACACGUGCAGAACGAGCCAAGGGUCGCCAGCAUUCCAGCCACCAGAAAUUGCCAAUGGCCUUGACACCUUUUCAGGCUUUAAAGUAGACAUCUGGUCUGCAGGGGUCACGCUAUACAACAUUACAACGGGUCUAUACCCCUUUGAAGGGGAUAAUAUCUAUAAAUUAUUUGAAAACAUCGGGAAAGGUGACUACACAAUUCCAGAGGAUUGUGGUCCUCCGCUCUCAGACUUAUUGAGAGGGAUGCUUGAAUACGACCCAGCCAAGAGAUUUUCAAUACAGCAGAUAAGGCAGCACAAUUGGUUUCGUAAGAAACAUGCUCAGGCAGAGGCUCUGGUGCCCAUACCUCCCAGCCCAGAAACAAAGGACAGGUGGAGGAGUAUGACGGCGGUGCCUUAUCUGGAAGAUCUGCAUGGCUACAAUGAGGAAGACGAUGAUGACUUGUAUGACAUUGAAGAUGAUAUCAUCUACACUCAGGACUUCACAGUACCAGGACAGGUGCCUGAGGAGGAGGCAGGGCAGAACGGGCAGAGCCGCGGCAAAGGGCUGCCCAAGGCCGUGUGCAUGAACGGGACGGAGACGGGACAGCUGAGCACCAAAUCGAAGGCAGAGCGGCGGGCGAGCGCCUCUUCCAACCCCUCCCGCAAGGCCUGCUCUGCCAGCAGCAAGAUCCGCAAGCUCUCCACCUGCAAGCAGCAGUGAGGCGGGAGCCCCCGCGCUCC